GCAGCGAGCGUUGACGAAAAGUGGUCGUGAUUCCUAAAAUUCUUGAAAAUCUAAAAUAAUAGAAUAUUUGUAAUUUGCACAAAAUGGAUAUAAAAUCAUUUUUAUUUUCAUAUUGUGCAAAGAACCAGACCGAACCCAAGUUCGAAGUGCGUCCAACUGGACCCAAACAUCGUCAGCGUUUUUUGUGUGAAGUACGCGUUGAUUCGUUUAGUUAUGUAGCGGUGGGUAACUCCACCAACAAGAAGGAUGCGGAGAAGAAUGCAUCACGCGACUUUGUUAAUUAUUUGGUGCGUGAGGGCAAAUUGAAUCCCAAGGAUGUGCCCGUGGAUGCGACUGCACCACAGGGUGACUCGUCGGGCGGACGUGCUGGUAACUAUGCUACUGGUGCUGGCGGUGCUGCUGGUGUCCAGCAACGUCGUGUGUUUGGCGGUGCAUCCGGUCCCCAAGAUCUGGGCGAGGCUUACCGCCCACUGAAUCAUCAGUUAGGUGGACGCGAGCGCUUCAACUUGAUUGAUCAUGUGCAGGAGCAGAAGGACAUGAAUGAGGCGGAAUCGAUUGAUAUGAAUGCCGCCAUCCAUGGCAACUGGACCAUUGAGAAUGCCAAGGAUCGCUUGAACAUCUACAAGCAAUCGAAUAACAUACGCGAUGAUUACAAAUACACUCCCGUCGGUCCCGAUCAUGCCAGGAGCUUCAUGGCAGAGCUGUCGAUUUAUGUGCCGGCAUUGAAGCGCAAGGUGACAGCCCGUGAGACGGGAUCGAAUAAGAAAUCAGCUAGCAAAUCUUGUGCUUUAUCCUUGGUGCGUCAGUUGUUCCAUUUGAAGGUCAUAGAGGCAUACAGUGGCACCCUCAAGAAGAAAUCGGAUGAGAACAUGAAACCGUAUGCGGUUAAGAUCGAGGAACGUCAUAUUAAUAGCUUGGAUGAGGUCAUUAAAGCAUUGGAUUUGCCAGUGGUUAAUCCCAGUAACAUUAAAAUGGAAAAGGAUGGAGUACCCAUAUCAUUGAUUGUUAAUCCGAAUCGCUCCGAUGUCCAGGUGGAGGGAGAUGGACGUCAGGAGAGCGCCGCUGUCAUACCGUGGGCACCACCACAGCCCAACUGGAAUGCCUGGCAUGCCUGCAACAUUGAUGAGGGCGACUUGGCCACCAAAUCCAUCGAUAGCCUGUCCAUGGACUAUGAGCGUGAAUUGCUGAAUCGUCGCCAGAACGAUGCCGAAUAUCGACAGUUUUUGGAAUUUCGCGAUAAGCUGCCAAUUGCCGCAAUGCGCUCCGAGAUCAUGACUGCCAUCAAUGAGAAUCCCGUAGUCAUCAUACGUGGCAAUACGGGCUGCGGCAAGACCACACAGAUUGCCCAGUACAUUCUGGAUGAUUAUAUCUCAGCGGGACAAGGUGGCUAUGCCAACAUCUAUGUCACCCAACCCCGUCGCAUUUCGGCCAUCUCCGUGGCGGAACGUGUGGCCCGCGAACGCUGCGAGUCUCUAGGGGAAACAGUUGGUUACUCUGUGCGCUUUGAGUCCGUGUUUCCACGUCCAUAUGGCUCCAUAUUGUUCUGCACCGUGGGCGUGUUGUUGCGCAAACUGGAGGCGGGUCUUCGUGGCAUUUCCCACAUCAUUGUGGACGAGAUUCACGAGCGUGAUGUGAACAGCGACUUCCUAUUGGUCAUCUUGCGUGACAUGGUCGCUACUUAUCCGGAAUUGCACAUAAUUCUGAUGUCUGCUACCAUUGAUACAACACUCUUCUCCAACUACUUUAACGGUUGUCCGGUGUUGGAGGUGCCUGGACGCGGUUUUCCAGUGCAGCAGUUCUUCCUGGAGGACAUCAUACAGAUGACACAGUUUGUGCCCACGGCAGAGUCACGUCGCAAGCGCAAGGAGGCGGAUGAUGAGGAGGAACAGCUGCUCAAUGAUCCCAAGGAGGAGGGUGAACAGAAUCUGAACAAGGUGUGUGGCGAGAAGUAUUCGGAGCAGACUCGCACUGCCAUGGCCAUGUUAUCCGAAUCGGAUGUCAGCUUUGAGCUACUCGAAUCCCUGUUGAUGCACAUCAAAUCCAAGAAUAUACCCGGUGCCAUCUUGGUCUUCUUGCCCGGCUGGAAUCUGAUCUUUGCCCUGAUGAAGUACUUGCAAAGCUCUGCCAGCUUUGGCAAUCCCAGCUAUCGCAUCUUGCCCUGUCAUUCGCAGAUUCCACGCGACGAUCAGCGUAAAGUGUUUGAACCCGUGCCCGAUGGCGUUACCAAGAUCAUAUUGUCCACCAACAUUGCGGAGACUUCGAUUACCAUCGAUGACAUUGUGUUUGUCGUGGACAUUUGCAAGGCGCGCAUGAAGCUCUUCACAUCCCACAACAAUUUGACCAGCUAUGCCACCGUCUGGGCCAGUAAAACCAAUCUGGAGCAGCGCAAGGGUCGUGCGGGUCGUGUGCGUCCGGGAUUCUGUUUUACGCUCUGCUCCCGUGCACGCUUCGAGCAGCUGGAGGAGAAUCUGACGCCGGAAAUGUUCCGCACACCGCUGCACGAGAUUGCUUUGACCGUGAAACUGUUGCGUCUGGGAGCCAUACAUCAUUUUCUGUCCAAGGCGCUGGAGCCACCACCCGUGGACGCGGUCAUCGAGGCGGAGGUGCUGCUGCGUGAGAUGCGCUGCCUGGACGGCAAUGAUAACCUGACGCCGUUGGGUCGUCUGCUCGCACGGCUGCCCAUUGAGCCGCGUCUGGGCAAGAUGAUGGUGCUGGGUGCGGUGUUUGGUUGCGCUGAUCUGGUGGCCAGCAUGGCCUCCUACUCCAGCACCUUCUCGGAGGUGUUUGCCCUGGACAUUGGACAGCGCCGUUUGGCCAAUCAUCAGAAGGCGCUCAGUGGACGCAAGUGCUCGGAUCAUGUGGCCAUGAUUGUCGCCUCCCAGAUGUGGCACAGCGCCAAGGCACGCGGCAGCAUGGAGGAGGCACGCUUCUGUGACUGGAAGGGUCUGCAAAUGUCCACAAUGAAUGUGAUGUACGAUGCCAAGAUGCAGCUGCUCGAUCUGCUGCAGCAGGCUGGCUUCCCGGAGGAGUGCAUGCUGCCAUAUAAGGUGGACGCCAACUCGGAUGAUCCCAUGCUCGACAUCUCACUGGCUCUGCUCUGUCUGGGCCUCUAUCCGAACAUCUGUGUGCACAAGGAGAAGCGCAAGGUGCUGACCACCGAAUCCAAGGCUGCUCUGAUCCACAAGACAUCGGUGAAUUGCAGCAAUCUUGGCGUAUCCUUCCAAUAUCCAUUCUUUGUCUUUGGCGAGAAGAUACGCACACGUGCCGUCUCCUGCAAGCAAAUGUCCAUGGUGUCGCCACUGCAGGUGAUGAUCUUUGGCUGCCGUAAGAUUGAUCUGGGUCCCAAUAAUACUGUGCGCGUGGAUAACUGGUUGAAUUUCGAUAUGGAUCCGGAGCAUGCGGCUAAGAUUGGUGCUUUAAAGCCAGCUCUGGAGGAUCUGAUAACGCUGGCCUGUGACAAUCCUGGCAGUGUCCUGCAACUGGAUGAACCCAAUGAGAAGCUGGUGCGUGUUAUAAGAGAUCUCUGCGUGCAGAAUGCGGGUGAUUAUCAGUUGCAGCGUAAUGUUGGCAUACUGCCACAUAUGUCUCGCCAAGGCAACGCUGAAGGAGGAAGAGGAGGAGGCGGCGGCGGAGGAGGACCACCAAAGCGUGCUCGCUAUGAUGCGGGCGGUGGUGGCGGCGGCGGUUUUGGCGGAAGAGGCGGCGGUUUUGGUAAUAACUAUGCUGAUGGAGGCGGCAGAGGAGGCUAUGGCAAUCAAGGUGGCGGCGCUGGAGGAGGCGGAGGCUAUGGGAAUCGCGGAGGCAACGGCUAUGGUCGUGGAGGAGCUGCUGGAGGCGGAUUCGCAGGCGGUUUUGGAGGCAAUUACAGAAAUGGAGGCAACAACAGCAGCUUUAACGAUGGUGGUAAUAGCAGCUUUGGCGAUGAGGAUGGCAACAACAGCCACUACGGACCUGGUGGCGGCGGAGGAGCUGGAGGCAACUGGGGACGUUUUUCCAAUCGCUUUGAGCAACGACGCUUUUAAAUAAUUUUAAAAAAUACGUUAUUAUUGUCAUACAUAAGUGUACACUUAAUUAUUAAAUAAAUAUGCUACGAUUAGAUUCGUAUUUUCUACAUAUA